UGAGAUAAAGUCAUUAGAAAAUGGGAAUAUAUAUUAGAGCGACUCGACGAACACAAAUUCACAUCAAAUCCACGAGAUAACAACUUUCACUAAAUUCUUUCUUUGUUUACAAUUUUUUGUAAGAAAUAAAAAUCAACCUUGCAACAUUUAUUACGUUGAGAGGGUAAAAUGAGUCCAGCUAUGAAUUCUGAAAUGAAUGUGCCUCCUCCUCUUGCUGAAGCCAAGCACGUUGGAAAGCGCCUCUUUUCCAACCAAAGUGACCCACGAAAUACAUAUCCAAAAGAGGAGCUUCCUGGUUCCUAUAGAGUUUUGCCUCCCGGAACUUUUAGCACACUAGACUAUCGCGAUGACAGAGUCAACUUUCACACCGAUGCAGACGGUACUAUUACCUAUGUAACUCGGGGUUAAGAAGCAUAAUUGUGAGGAGUAGCUUACCUUUGCCAUGUCUUUCUUUCAUGAGAGUUCAAUUGUUAUGAGACGCGUUAUAGUAUUAGUAAAGAAUUUAUAACAUUUAUCUUUUUUUAAGAAAAAAUAGAUCAGUAAAAGAGAGAA